AUGAAGUUCAUAAGUUCCGUGAUAUCUGCUUCUAUGCUCGGUCUAUUUGCGACAGUCUUUGCUGGAAAGGUUUAUAAAUGCCCGGGUGGUCAUGAAAUUACUGAAAAAUAG